GCUCGCUCUUCAACUGAAGUUUUGUUAGGAUCGCCUGUUGUUUUAUUUUGCUUCGUAUUUCAAGGCGCGAAGUUUAGUCUCUCACACACUGAACGAUAAAAGUACUGGGCCGCUGUGCUGCUUCACGGAUGUUGUCGAGAGUGGAGAAAAAAAACUGCUGACAAGAAAGUGAGAGAGAGAGAUUUGGCUUUGUGGGAGACGGAGCUCGACAGAGAAGAAAGGCGACUAAUGCCAGCUGCGGACUGAGGCGAGCAGGACCGAACUUGAAAAGAAAACCGAAAGUGGCUCCAGUUUCUGAGGGAAACAUGGACUGCUGCAUUCAAGAAGACGCAGUGGAUUUGUGUUUCAUCACCUUGGCUGCACCUGAGUAGACAUUAACCAGCCUGUUCUAAUGCUCAGAACCUGCUGCUGGUUUAUUAGCCAUGGCGGCAACGGAAGAUUCUGAGAUGACCGUUAGGAAAUGGACCAAAAACCUUCCAGUGUGAUUAGUCAAUGUGGUGUGAGAAGCUGAGGAAAAACAGGAGGGAGAAUGGAAAGGAGAAGGAACGGCACCCGAGCCGGAAUGCUCAUCUGGACUCCUACGCCGGGGUACUCCUCCUCACCUCCCAGUCCAGACGGUUCACGCCUCAGCUGGGACGAAGGCGGAGAAGAAGACUUUGAGAGCCAAAUGGAUGAGAAUGGCAUUAUUGGUCUAAGAGAGAGCUUCGGGGAGGUGGAUGAAGAAGAAGAAAUUGCAUUGGAGGAAGAAGAGGAUUUGUUAUUGGAUACAGGGACCCCAGAGCCUGAAGAAGGCCCACCUCCUGCACUGGAAGAACUUGGCUGCCACUUGAGUGAACUGUUGGACUCUGAGCCUUUCUCCCAGCGCACAGGAGAUGAUUGUCCCUCACCCUCAAACAAUGAUGGUGAUGACAGUGUUGCCUUGGAGGACUGGAGUGAUGAUGAGGAUGGACAGAAACUUGAUGAGGAAAGUCCAGAGAGUUUGAAGAUCCAUAGACCUCAAUCAGACUCAAGUCCAGUGAGAGAGAGAGUGAAGAGCAUGACUAAUGAUGAGACUGAGGAGGUUAAAGGUCACAGAGAACCAUCAUUUUCUGUCAGAGGGGAAAUGGACCUGCAGUAUAACUGCAUUGAGAGCCAUGGUUACAACAGUAAUGUAAGAAGCAAUAACAUUACAACCUCAAGAAGUGGCAGGAGCACCUCAGGAUUGCUAGCAGGCUCACAAAAUUGUUGCGAUGAGGAAUUUAUAUUGAAUGAGAGGCUCCAUGUCUCCUCCUCACCUCUUUCUUCCACAAACACUCCUUAUGCUCCUGUUCUUCCCUUCGUCCCUCAGCUCUCCUCAGAGGAGCAGGCGUGUAACUCUGGAAUUGAAGCAGCUGAGACAUCCCCAGAACUAGCACACGCAGAGAGCAUAGCUGAGUCUCACAGCACCCGAUUCAGCUGUUCUCCAAGAACUUUCCAGCCUGUCAGAUUUGAGGAGGUGAAGCCUCAACUUGGAAGAUCAAGCAGAAAGAAAGAAGAUGAAUUAGAGAGAAAGGUUGUUGGGCCUUUCCUUACACACCACCAGCCUCCUAUCCCCUCUCCCCGAAAAAUAAGCUCUGCACUUAAGGAGUCUCAGCAGUCUUCCAGCCCUGCGCAGCACACGGCUAAAGUACAAAGCUCUUCUUCAGACUCCUCUCCACUCAGCACACCUCAUCACAGGAGGCAUCGUGGACACAGACCCUCCAAACCCUCUCACACUGAGCUUAAGGAUGUUAGGAAGGGGCAGAUGAGUCAUCCAUUACCAGAUUUUUCCAAAGUAGAACCCAAGGUUCGUUUCCCUAAGAGCGGCUACAAGCCCCCCAGGAGCCGGAGGCCUCCUCGCAAGAGAGAUUCAAAGCCAGAAGCUCCCCUGGUGUACAGAUCCCCUGCUGACAUUGUGAGGGAGGUUCUGUUGAGCAGUACCGAAGGGCUGUCAGACACUGCAGCCCCUGGUGACCCCCAGGGAUCCCUGAACAGUACAGUGCCGGCUGAGUUCCGUUGCGCCCUGCAGGCCAGUACGCUGGUCCAGCAGCUUCAGGAGGACUAUAAUAGACUUCUAACCAAGUAUGCAGAGGCUGAGAAUACUAUUGACCGGCUACGCUUGGAAGCUAAGGUGGGCAUGUACUCUGACCCACCCAAGCCCAGUCAGCCCACUCUGCCAGGUGUUCUACAGGAGGGGUCAAAAGUCAUGAUGCUGAGUUUUCCCCAGGCUCAGAGGGUGGAGCUUAGUGCAAACAAUGUUCAUUCAACUCAAGAGAGAAUUGAUUCAGACCCCAUCUCUUCCAUGUCGCCUGUCUCUCUGGCUGCCAUACAGCUAACUGAGGCCCUUUCCAAUCAUGUACAGAGAUUUCAGCUACAGGUUGAGGAGUUUGAAGAGAUUCUAAAGAGUGGAAAACUUAGACCAUAUGAGCAAAGACAGGGGCUUUCUCAGCUAGCCCAGGGGCAGGAGUCCUUAGAGAGGGCUUACCUAGAUGCUCGUGACCAGUAUCAACAGCUGCAGAAGCAGACAGGAGUCAAGUCUGGACAUUUCGACCCUGACAGGGAACUUGAAGGUUUGAUUUUCAGCUCAGGGAUGCGAUUGGAAGAAAUGAAGGAGAGAAUAGAACAGUCUGAACAGAGCCGGCACAUGUCAGACCCUGGCCCAAACCUACCUCCUCACACCACCCAACUCUCUGUGUCUCUGAAUGACACAGAGCCUCAACCUGAGAGCCCAGUCUCUUCAGUCAAUGCAGAGGGCAUGGUUGGGCUGGAGGUGAGUUCUGUCAGUGAAGACAGUGCUGGAGACAGAGAGGAGGACGAGGAGGAGAUACUUCCAUCUCUUCUCAAUCCCCUGCAACAGAAACACCAGCGUGUGGAGAAGGACUUCAGUAGCCUCAUGGACCACUUCCAGAACUUCAGGGAACUGCCCAAGCUGCUGGACAGAGGGCCGUGUGAGGACACUCAAGACUCUCUGGAGUUUAGGGAUUCCCCUCCUCAGCCAGCAAGGAAUGAUAGGAUAGAAGAUGGGCAGCAGUGGAGGACUAAAGAUGAAGGAGACUCAAGCAAAUCAGUCCAGCCGUCCCCAACAGCAGACUUCCUCUCCUGCCCUUCUAGUCAUUCACAUGGGUGUAACUCUAUGGAAACUCUCCCAGCAGCCCCUCUCCCAGCCACAAUAUUACUAGGACAACAGGACAGUGAGAUGAGACCUGCAAGUAGCAGGAAGCCUCAUAGCAGCCUAGGAGAGAGUGCAAACUUGGAGGAAAGGGCCUCUAAAGAGCGUGAUGGGGUCCUGAGAGCAGCCCCUCAGGAUGGGGUCAUAACUCCUGAGACAGACAGUGGCUUUGUGGGUUCAGAGAGUAGUCGACUCACUCCUGCAGCACAUAGUCCUGUCCAGCAGAGGGCAGCACUGAGGGUGACCAGGCCAUCUGUCACACAAGAGAAGAGCAGAAUAAAACCUGAGACAGUGUCUGUCAGUGGGCAGCUUCCUCGCUCCCUGGCACACAUACAGGCCUCUCCUGGUCACUCUGGACGAGGCCCAGGCUCCACAGGGAGAAGAGGAGAGACAGAGAGACAGACCCUGCCUAGCCCUUCCACCUCCAGUUCUCCUCUGCGGUGGCCUAGUGGCCACCUCCAGCCCUGGCCUAGUAGUGCCCAGUCCUUAUCAGGAGAGGAAGUACGACAGGGUGACCAGUACACACCACCAGCCAGUCAGAAUGGCUGUUAUCUCAGAAGCCCCUCCCCCGCUAUGCUCUAUCACCAUGGUGACCACCUCAAAGCCCAAAGUUCUGUCCAGCUGACAAAUCGCCAUGAGGCCCUCCAAUCUCUGCAGGAGGAGGUGGACAGACUCAGGGAGCGCUUAGAGGGAAGUCUUAGGAUGACCAGUCCAACCAGUCCAGUGAGAGCACCCCCUUCUAUCUUGGUGGACUGUAGAAACCAUAGACCUUCUCACACAUCCACACCUCUGCAGCCUACUGCCAGGUCUUUGGAGCAAAGAGCAGCCAGCAAAAGAGGACCAAGAGAGAACAGGAGGAGUGAAGAGGAACAGGAGGAGGAAGAGAGAAGGAGAACACCAAAGCAUAUACCAAGGAGGAGAUCAGCAUCUCUGCCCCGUUUCAGACCAGAGCUACAUAUCACCACUGAUUCAGACCUUGCUGAAUCUGAACCCAAGCCACGGACAUCAAGGCAUAUCCUAGCAUCUCCUGCAGCGGCGCAUGCAUCCCGGAGAGCUAGAACUGAGAUUCGGCGAAGUACAGAGCCCCACACAAGUAGCCAGCAGCGUAGCAUUUCCGCUGACAGCUCAGAAGAGGGUGAUGAUGAGGCUGAAGGCAGCAGAGGGCCGGCCCUCUUGUGUGUGUGCUGUAUGGCAAGACAUGGCAGUAGAGUCUCUGCACCAGCUCCAGCAAGGAAUGUUAGCUCACCCAGUCGGACUCAUCAUUACUCUAGACACUGCCCACAGUGUGGAGCAAGAGUCUCUCUACCUGAACACCAAAACUCUGCUCAGAGGGAAAAGUCAGUGAGCUCCAGACACAGGGAUAAAGGGGGUGUAUACUUGGCAGCAGCUCUGCCCCCUCCGGUGAUGGGCAGUGUGCAUGUGGUCCAGUGUGUGCCAGUCUGUCCCUCAGUUCUGUACUACUCCAGCCCCGUGGCGCCCUCCUCUUACCCAAAGCCCCUUUACCUCUCACGCAGUGAAGAUAGAGGCUACAGAUCAGGGGUCAGAGGUCAUCACAGACGCUCACACUCUGUGGACACGCAGCAUCCUCUCAAAAGUUCUCUGAGUCGCGCCGUCGCUGCUGCCAGCAGCAUGCACGAUGUUUCGCGACGCAUGGCGCGUUCUCUUGCCUCGGGACUGCAGCACACGAGCCCUAUUGCACAGUCCUGCACCUACUAACACUGCAGCACAGCUCAGUGAACCACUCUGCAGCACUGCUGUCCCCUACUGAGUGUCCUACAGAGGAGUUCACCUUCACUAAACUUCCCUUUGACAUGUGCUGAGUAACUCAUUUGUAUAUGGUAAUAAGAGAUUGGUACUGGACGUCCUGUAGAGAUACACCUUCAUCUAAACCAUAGCAGCUGUGCUGUGAUAAGGUCCAGUAAGAACCUACUGCACUGUGAGAA